AUGAUCUACUUUCUAUUGGUGGUGCUGCUCUGUACUAUCGGAAAUGCAACUAACCAUGUUUCAACUUGUCCUAAUCGACAAUGGAUUGAAGAGUCUCUCAAGAAAGCUUAUGUUCCAGGCGCAGCAAUUGUUGUAGUGAAUGAUACUCAUAUACUCUAUGAACAUGCCUUUGGCUAUCAGUCUCUGUCACCGCAACAACCUAUGGACGUUAACAAAUCUAUUUUUCCUCUUGCUUCGAUCUCAAAAACAUUCAUUGCUACUGCUGUUAUGCAACUUGCUGAGCAGGAACUGGUCGAUCUUGAUACUGACAUUAACGUGUAUUUAUUGGAACCACAGAAACAUAUCUUCCAUCCACAAUAUCCAAGGCAUUCAAUCACUUUACGCAAAUUACUUUCACACUCGGCUUCGAUUUACAUUAGGGAUUCAGUGGUGUAUACCUAUUUUCGAUCGGGUGAUGAUGCAUUUAAUGAAUCUUUAGCUGACAUGUGCUUCAAAUAUGUGAAUCCAGACACAUCGAAUUGGUUGCCAAAACCACCAGGUGCAGUGACAUCAUAUUCUAAUGAAGGCUCAACGCUGGCUGCAUUAGUUGUUGAACGAGUUUCAAAUAUGUCUUACAUAGAUUAUGUCAAAGAAAAAAUAGUGAAACCACUGGGCAUCAAUAUCAGCGAAGUUGGCGUACGGCUUUCUGACUUUGAAAAUAUCGAAAAUCUUGUAAAGCAUUAUAGCUAUGCAACCAAUACGUCUUAUGUCACCAACUUUAAUAAUCUAUUUCCUCAAUUGAAUAUUACACAAAUGCAGAAUGACCUCCCUACUUGGCUUCACAUUUCACAUUUUGGUUUUAGCGCCUAUCCAGCUGGUCUCUUACGAAUGUCGGCUGGUACCCUAUCUAUAUAUCUACGUAUGUUUCUCAGCAAUGGAUUUCCAGUUCUUCGUCCACAGUCGAUUGCUGAAAUGCGAACAGUAGUUGGCGGUGGUGUCAUACCACCGUACGAUCCACAAUGGAGCAAUAAAUCUAUGGAACUACCACCAUCACAAGCGUUUGGCCUUAGUUGGUAUUGGCAAACGAUGAAAGAUGGUCGUCGAUACAUUGGCCAUAGUGGUGCACUGCCAGGCAUGUCACACUUGAUGCUGGUCAAUGAAAAGAAUACUUUGGGUGUAAUUCUUCUUUCGAACAUAGAUGUCGGUUUACCAGGAUAUCCGUUACCAGACAUAUUUGAGGUGACAGAAAAUAUUCACAUGUCACUUUUUCAAUGUUUCGACGUCGAUCUUGUUGACACGUCUGCUAGUCAUACUAAAGGAGCUCAUAUUAGAUUCUUUACUGCUCUUCUACUUCUUCAUUGUCUUUUUAUACGUGAAUUAUCUGUUUAUCUAUAG